UUUGCAAGGCGGUAUUAUUUGGCUUGCUGGUUGCACGACUGCUCUCGGCGAUUGGCCAUAUUUUCUCGUUCUCUGCAAUCUGCCUCAACUUCGAUUUCAUUACCUGAUAAUUUGCCAUGUGGAUCCAUGCCACAGACAUCUCCUACAUUCUCCAUACAUCAACCUGGAAUAGUUUGGCUAGAAUUGCGCCGUCUCCAGCUCAUAGCUGAAUUAGCUGCUACUAACCAGUCAGCUAGCAGCACUAGCGGAGUGACCUCACUUUGGCCAUUUGCCGGACGACGCCUAUCACCUGCUUGUCUGCUAGCCCUAACUGCGCCAGCACAUGGACGCCGCAACGGACCGGCUGGUCCUACGUCUUUGCAAACAAAUGCUGCUAUUGCUGAAGGCCGAGGCGCUCUGGCUAGUCCUCUUGGGCCAUCUGGAUGGACGGGCGGCUUGUUGCUAAUAGCGGCUAUUCGGCCAGCGGCUGCGGCUGCUGCUGCUUUAUCUAGCCUCCCUGAUGCCGUGGGAUUCAGUAAUAGUCGGUUAAUCAUUCGUUCCUUUUGUCACUCUGAAGCUCGUCUAGUUCGGACUUGUCGGCAGUUUGCUUUGGCAGCAUUAGCAAGCCGGUGUUUACCAUAUAGGUUUCGCUGUCGCCUUACAGACAGGGCAUAUCGGGCAGCGACCUUUUUGGCAAUGUGCCAUGUUAUUGUUCCUAGUUUUGAUGUGCUCCUUAGCAAUAUUUUUCGGCUUCUUGGUGAGCCUUCUGUGCCUAUUCGCACCAAGGCAUUACGCUGUCUUGGCAAAAUCAUGGAAUCGAAUCACGAUAUAUUCCUCUCGUAUCAUGGAUCUGGACCUCUUUUAGGAGGGCAUGAAGUAGUUGGAGAGAGCUCCGAAUCUAACAUGCGCUAU